AUGCCCAUCAUCUGCGGAGUCUGUGGGGCUGCAAACGAACACUUGACGGCGCAUUGUCCGAACCGUCAGGAUUCUCGGUCUUGCGACCGCCAAGGACCUCAAGAAGGUAAGGGGGGCAUCUUCAAGGGGCACGGCAAGAGGGGAGGAGACACUGCAGGUGGACGCGGCAGAGGAGUCGGUCAGAAUGCCAUGCCCAGACAGGAAGUAUACCAGGAGAUUGUAUCGGAGGCAACGGCUUCAGACGACAAGCCAGGGAUCGGACACAAGUGCUCAGACGGCGAGGCUGCGACGCGGAGAUUCAUGCGCAUCAGGCCAUCAGCUGUUGACUGGGCGACGUUCGGAUGGGUUUAUGCCAAGGGUAGCCAGGAAAGAGCCGGUGGCGGAGAGAAAAACGUCCAACAACUACGAGCAGAUUGGAAGGAGCUUUCAUCACGACGUGAUCUUUCCAGGACAGACCUUGCGGACGGCCUCAAGCAGCUCGCGCUUCGCCACGGCGUUCAAGCAGGAAAGUGGCUCUUCUUUCUGAAGCCGGCUUUAAUGGAUCGCGUCUGGCCGGCCCUCGUAUGGGCGCUGAGUAAGGCGGCCCUGGGAAAAUGUGAUUCCAUGAAAGUUGGGGGCGGCGCCGAGUAUGUCUGCUGCGUCUUCAUGAGGAACUGUUUCGACCCUGAAGAGGUCGAAAGUCUCCGAAGUAGCCUGCACGACCUGCUUGUGGGCCUAGUGGCAAGAGUGGAGCUGCUCCUGAAGCCAGAUGCUUAUAGUUAUUGCGGGAUAUACAGAUCUAACCCUUGGAAGCUGUCGACAUCUCUGGCUUCCUGCAAGGUGCAAGCCGCGAGAGGGGAGAGUGUGCAAGCAGCCCCAGUUCUACGGGACGAUUCUCAUCACGACCGAUGUCAACUUGCUCCACUUCUGCAGGCUGUGGAGGAAGAGUCUGUCGAAGUACUUCUUCCAAUCCUCGAGGCGGCUGACUCCCGGGUCGCUUUGCUAGACUCGCUUCAUGCCAUUGCUUUGCAUCCCAGUGCUGGGGAUCUCCCCUUGGUGAGAAUGUGUGCCAUGCUGAAGGAAGCUAAGAGCUUCCGGUACCUCCUGGCCAGGAUCCUGAAGAUGAUGGCAGGUCUUGUAGAGACGGAUGCGGCUUUCAUCUUCGGUAGACGAAGCCUUGUGUUUUCCUAUCCUGAGUUCAAGCGCAUGCAUAUGGCCAACUUUGGUCUUUUGGCGGAUCUCUGUGUGCACGGGCUGAUGACAGGGACAAGGUCGGUGACGUAUUUGCCUGAGGAGAUGGAGCGAUGUCUAAUUAUCGACAGUUUCAGGCUGCCUCCGCCUUCGACUUGGGCGUUUGUGCUGCAGAACCUUGGCGACAUGGCGCAAAGGCUGGCUGAUUCACACCCGAAUGUCAGCCGAUCCCUCGACUCCUUCGUGCAGGAUGGCAAGGUCAGCUCACAUUCGCGGCUCAGCAUUCUCAGCCUCAAUGUGUGUUCUGACGCGAAGCAGCGAGAACUUCGCACGGCCGCACUCCUGUCAGCUCUCCAACAACUUGGUCCCGUUGUUUGCUGCUUGCAGGAGGUGACCCCCAAGGUGGCCAAGGACCUCCAGCGCGCGCUUCCCACAUGGGACUCUUCAGACCCUGGAGAUGGAUCGUCGACAAAAGGCCACGGCGUUCUGAUUAUGGCCCCGCCGGAGUUAGAUGUUCGUUUUUCCAGCUGCCUUCUGCAGUCCAAAGAUUGCAAGCUGCUUGUGGCGGAAUUCCCGGGUCUUGCUGUUGGCAAUGUGCACCUGUCAAGCAGCCCGGAGCUUCGAGAGAGGCAGCUUGCAGAUUGCGCUAAGGUGAUGCAGCAAUGGUCUAACAUGCUCUUGGUGGGUGAUUUCAGCAUGGAUGAAGAUGUUCUGCACCGGUGCGUAUUGCAAAAUCAACUGCCAGACUUUACCGAUCUGUGGCCUACUUUGCGAAAGGAGAAAGAGCACUCCAAGGGCAAAGGCAAGGGGACGAAAAGGACAGGCCGGGCCCUAGCGAAGCUACCGUGGUGGCAGCCGGUGGAUAUGCAGCUGAUGUUUGAUCAGCCGCUUCUGCCGGGACCUUUUUUGCUCGACGUUCUCCCGUCGAUGUACAGUAAUUUCGUUCAUCUCAAGCCUGAGGUGGACACCGAUGCCACCUUCGUAAGCGACCACCUGGGCUUGUUGACAACCAUUGAGCAAAACGCAGAUGUGUCGAGGUCACAAGAUGGCUAA